UCAUAUUAUUCUAUUAAAUACAGGACAUUUAAUCAUAUUUAGGAUUGGUUGAUCAUGAAACGAAUAAAAAAUCUAAUUGAUCAAGUUGGUAUUUCUUCUCCUGGUGCAAAACAGAAAGAUGAUGAAAUUCAUCCUCAUACGGUAGAAAGAACAACUGUACUUCCCUCAAGAAUUUUAAGCAAUCCAACAUUUCAAGCAGAAACCAUUCAAUCCAUUGAUGAUGCUGUAUUUAAUCCAGACACGGAUGGCAAUAUUAUUGACGUCAAGAGACUCCCAGACCAUCCUACACAAGAGUUGAUUCAUGAAAUGUGUGAAAAGCUGCACAAUCAAUUGAGUGCAGUUUCUAAAAAACUUUCAGAUGUUAUUCUUGAAAAUCAGCCUGCUUAUCGGAAAGAACUACAGCGAGUACGGGAUUUACAGAAAGAUCUUCAAAUAGGAUUUUCUACUUGCUGUGCCGGCAAAAAACACUUGCUAUCUGUCACAAGUUUUGUUAAUUUGAGACUUCUUGUUCAUGUUCAACAUAGAAAAAAUUUAAUAGCUUUGCAUGAUGCAUUGAACACAAUAAAAACUCUGGAACAUACAGAUGUUAGGCUGAGAGAGCUGAUGGAAGAAGAGAACUACCCAGAAGCAAUACAGCUGUGUUUAGAAUGCCAGAAGGUUGCUGUCGCCUAUGGACAGUAUAAUUGCAUUAAAGACUUAUCUUCUAAAUUACAAGAUACAAUUGAACAAAUUGAAGAACAAAUAGAUGUUGCCCUUUCGAAAAUGUGCAACCAUUUUGAUUCUGAAAUGUAUGAAAAACUUCAAGUUGGUUACAAGCUUCUUGGUAAAAGGCAAACAGCCGUUGACCAAUUGCUUAUGCAUUUCACUACUUGCAUACAUAAUAUUGCAUUUCAAACUCUUCUUGGUUAUGUACAACUAUGUACAAAGGAACCAGAUGCUAAUCUUCAAAAGAAACAAUUCAAUGAUCUUUGUUCCAUUGUUGAUUCAUCGUUUUAUAUACCAUGUUUGCUUGCAUUAUGUAAAGCAUUGUGGACUAUAAUGUAUUGUUAUCAUAAAGUCUCACUUUGGCAUAGUGAGGAAUUUUCGGAAUUUGAUGAUACUAAGAUUUCUGAUGAAGAGAUUGAUAAUAAGUAUAUUACACGUAAGCUUGAGCAUGGACGUCAUAGAAUAUGGUUGGAUGUCCAAUCCAGAAUAAAAAGUCUACUUCUUGGUAUUGAUCUGUCCAGUUUUAAAUAUGAUGAAUUUAUAAAAGUUGUUGGAAUUGUCAAUAAAUUCAUAUUGGUCGGUGCAACUUUUUGUGGAAGUGGUGACAACCCUGAGAAAGACAAUUUUGGUUCAACCUUACAUGAACCAAUAUACCAACAAAGUUUGCGUUACUUCCGAGCUUAUCAUAAAAAGUCGUUAGAGGAAAUGCACAUGUUUCUUGACAAUGAAGCUUGGGAAGCUUGCCCAAUACAAAAGAACUUUUCUGUGAUGCAAUUGCCAGAGUUCAAGUUCUUGCAUGAGGCAAACUACAAAGAUAUCAUAAAGUCCUCAGGAACGAAACAUUCAGAAAAAUCUAGCAAAAAUAUGUUUUUUAAUUAUAAUGAUAAUAAAAGACAUCCAUUUGAAGAAUUUGCUGGAAAAUCAGAUGACAAAACAAAUGUUAAUGGCAAAACACAUUCUCAUAGCAUAGAUGACAAUGAAAUGGAUGAUGAACUAUUAUUUGAUUAUAUUGAGGAAGAUGUUGAUGAUGACGAUGUCAUCAGUCACAAAGAAAACAAAGUAGUUGGACCGCUUUUAACUAACACUGCUCUUAAUACCUUAAGAACUUGUGGCAAAUAUCUUAGAAUGUGUGAUGUUCUCAAGCCGAUUGCCACUGAUGUUAUAAUAUGCAUGUCACACUUAUUCGAUUACUACCUAAUCUCUAUUUAUGAUGUGUUUGCCGCUCAUGAACCUGGCAUACCUGGAUGCAGCAAAAAACUAUAUACCACUUUGAGUCGAAUAAAGAGUGAAUUAAUUAGAAAAGAAUUUGAUGCAGAAGAAAAAAAUACAACCACAAAAGUACCCCUUCCAUCUCUUUCUCCUAUUGUGAAUCUCAAGCAGAGGUCAACUAUGUUUGGUCUCCCUCAUAGAAUAACAGCUACAGAAUCACUUAUGAACUUAGCUGCUCAAUUUCAAUAUUUACAACCUACUUUAAGAAAAGUCAUACCAUCAAGUCAAGAAGCAUUUCUUCAACAAUUUUAUGCCCAGACUGUAAGUACUUGCGCCGAAGUGCGAUCACUGGUUUAUUUUACUGUUGGGGCCGGAUCAAUUGAUUAUAAUUCUAUUUUGAGUGGAAUGGCCGAAGUUAAAUGGGAUCUAAAAGAAAUAAUGUCACAACAUAGCAAAUAUGUUGAUGCCUUGUUACAUCAUUUCAAAUUAUUGAAGUCUGGAUUCUCCUCAGCUGCGAAUGACAUGCCAUUUCCGGAUGAAAUAGAAAAGAUAAUUUGGCAACAUUGCAUUGGUAUGUCGGGCAAAACUUUUGUUGAGGGUUUCUCUAAUGUUAAGAAGUGCAGCAAUGAAGGACGAGCAUUGAUGCAAUUGGACUUCCAGCAGUUUCUACUUAAAGCUGAAGAAAUCACAGGAGUUCGACCUGCACCAGGUAAAGAGUUUGUCGAAAAUUAUAUCAAGGCAUAUUAUCUUACUGCUAAAGAUUUAGAGGAAUGGAUGAAAGAUCAUCCGGAAUAUUCAGAAAAACAGUUAUCCGCAUUAACCAGCUGUAGUGCAUCAUCUACAGUUGGGAAUGCUAACAGAAAAAAUAAGCAAAGAAUGCGUGCAAUGAUUGAUGAUCUCACAAAAAGAAAAUGAUUAUUUACACCAGAUUUUUUGAGAAUGUGGACGAUGAAAAUAUGACAGCAAGUGCUGUUGGCAUGUUGUGCUCGGAAAAAGAAACAAAUCAACUGAAUGGAUCAAAAUUGAAAACUAAACUACUUCUGUUAAUACAGUUAUGUGUAGAAAAGAGUCUAUUUAAUAGUUUGCUGAGUUUGUCCCAAUGAAAAGGGAGAUGACUUAACCAGAUGGCAAACCACAGCCUUUCGCCCUGUUGCUAGUGGAAACAGGAAUGGUUGACAAGUUACUCUUUCAUGUGUAUGGUCUUGAUAUUAGAUGAAGGUGUUCUGACCGGUGGCCACAUGAACACUAUGAGAUUUAUGGACCCAGCGUAUAUCAUACACAUAAUUAUUCCCCAUGAUGGUAUACCAAGGAUUUCGUUGAAGUGCUGUAUCUCAUUUGAAAAUUUGUUGUUAUUUAGUAUCGCUAGUGCCCGGGAUUCGAACUCUCGUAGGGUAAGUUGGCAAGCAUGAUUAUAGAGCUUAGCCUUAUCUGUCAACAAUGAAGGGUAUUUUGCAAUAUAUCUACUAUACUACUACUUUCACAUGUCUGUAAUUAUCUAUUAGCAUUGCACUGUCACAAGUUAUUUUUCAUCAAGCUGUUUGAAAAUGGGUCAAUAGUUAUGUUAAUUUCGUUCAAUGUUUCAAAAUAUGUGUAAUGCUAUUAUUUUAUUAUAUUAUUAUAUAAUAUAUUAUCCUAUUUAGCAUCAA